AGUUAGAUGUUUGCGCGGUCUCUUGAGCAAACAACAGAGGCCACCGUUUUCGCGCGCGUUUGUACACUUUCAUAUACUAGUUAGUUGUCAUCGCGCUACCAGAGUACAUGGCACCUAUUUGUUGUAUUUCGGUAUGCAAGUAAAGAGAACAAGUUAGGUUCCCGCACUAGCGGCACAAUGGACGCAGCGUGCACCCGCUCGCUCGGCUUGGUCCUCUUACUUCUCGUGCUUUCGGACGCGUCGUGGCUUCCAUGGACAAGCGAGCAGGAGCUAGCCGCCAGCAGCAGCAGCAGCAGGAGGAGGACCCUACUGCAGAUAGGCUUCCAAGUGCCCAAAAUAUCGAUCCAGCUGCCGCUGAGGCAAUACUUGAACGGCAGUAACAGCGGCGCCGCCGGAGCGGGGUCCAACAGGACAGAUCAUAGCGAACUAGCGGGCGCUGCCGGCGGCGAGGCCCGGCGUGAUGAGGGCGACCUGCGGCGGCGCUGUGCGGUGGCCAAGGGCAGCUGGUGCGGCGCCUACCUCCGACAGGACAUGGUGCCGUACAAGACGGCGCCGCGCGGCGACAAGGAGUGCCCCAACGCCUGCAGCGGCUGGGGCAACUGCAACCACGACACGGGGCUGUGCGAGUGCCCGGCAGGCCGCGCCGGGCCGGCGUGUGAGCGCGAGGUGAAGCGGCCCUGCACCAACCGCUUCCGCCACCCUCACGAAGUCAACGUCAACGAGUCCGUGGGCCACAUCGGGCCAGAUAAACACGACCUGGACAUACAGGCGCCGGGUUGGAUCGCCAGCCGGUGCUCAGGCUACUGCAUUGACCACCUUGCCCUGUGCACGUGCGGCCGCGACAGCAAGUAUCGACAUAUACCCGCGCCCGCGGGCUCCCCGCCGUGGACGCCGCCGGUGCAGUGGGGCCGGCCCAUGACGGACGGCUGCAUGAUUGGAGUGGACAAGGACGGCAACCGGAUUGACUGGGGCCGGCCCCACAUCAAGGACAGUGACCUGUACGGCCCCGAGGCCUGGUGCAACAAGGACAACCCCAUCUCGCACCAAUGCGGCUGUGUGUGGGACGGCAACGGCUGGCCGUGUGACGGCUCUCAGCAGUACGAGCCGUUCUGCCCCAACCAGUGCACGGGGCACGGCGACUGCCACAUGGGCUGGUGCCGGUGUCACCCGGGGUGGUACGGCACAGACUGCAGUCGCAAGAAGGCCGGGAUGGAGCUGGACGAAGGCCACCUGUCGCGGCCCUGGAUCAAGCGGACGGUGGAUGUGCCUCCCGCGUCCUUGCGCACCCCGCCUCUGCCCACACGGCCGCGACCCCUCAUCUAUAUCUACGACCUCACAGACUACACCACCAAGUUCCUGCAGCUGAGGCUGGGCGCUGACGCCUGCAUGUGGCGGCGCUACAGCCAGGACAACAGCUCCUUCUUGCUGUCCAUGACCUACAGCGUGGAGGCCUACCUGCACGAGACACUGCUGCAGAGCGAACACAGGACGUUCGACCCCGAUGAGGCUGACUUCUUCUACGUGCCCGUCUACGUCACCUGCUACAUGUGGCCCAUCCUGGGCUGGGCGGACGGCCCCUGGUGGUACGCGCCGCUGGCCCACACCCGCACCAUGCACGUGUCUAACAUGCUGUCCGAGGUCCACGCCCACAUCUCGAGCACCUUUCCCUGGUGGAACCGCAGAGGCGGCAGGGACCACAUCUGGCUGAUGGCGGCCGACGAGGGCGCCUGCUACAUGCCCACCGCCAUCUACAACACCUCCAUCAUCCUCACACACUGGGGCCGCAUGGACCUGGAACACCAGUCCAACACAGCCUACCAGCAGGACAACUAUAACAUGGCCAUGCCGGGUGAGUUCAAGGCCUGGCCCGGCAUGGACUGGCAGAGCCGUAUGCGCGGACACCCCUGCUACGACCCAAGGAAGGACCUGGUGAUCCCGGCCUUCAAGAGUGUGGACCACUUCCGCGACUCGCCGCUGCUGGGCGGGGCGCCGCUGGUGCGAGACCUACUGUGCUACUUCAGAGGUGACAUCGGCCAGGCCCGCUUCCCGCAGUACUCCCGCGGGCUGCGACAGAAGCUGUUCCACCUGUGGCACAAGAACGAUUGGGCCGCCAAGCACAAGAUCUACAUCGGCAAUGGCGAGAUGGUGCGGGGGCCCUACAGCGAGCACCUGCUGCGCUCGCGCUUCUGCCUGGUGCUGCCCGGCGACGGCUGGUCGCCGCGCGCCGAGGACGCCGUUCUGCACGGCUGCAUCCCGGUGGUGAUUAUGGACAACGUGCACGCCGUGUUUGAGAGCAUCCUGGACUGGGAGUCGUUCAGCAUCCGCAUCCGCGAGGAUGACGCCGCGCUGGAGGCCCUGCCGCAGCUGCUGGAGGCCGUGCCGCCGGAGCGAGUGGCCAAGAUGCAGCGCAACCUGGCGCGCGUGUGGCACAGGUUCGCCUACGCCACGGGGCCCGUCAUGGCGGCGCACCUGCGGCGCAUCGCUGCCACCUCCGCCACCGCCAUGCCCGAGAUGGAGGCGGCACAGGCGGUGGCGACGCUGACGCCGCGUGACACGCCCUUCCGCCCGCUGCCGGCCUACCCGGUGUCAGACGAUGCCUUCCACACCAUCCUGCAGUGGCUGCACCACCGCAUCAACGAGACCCGGGCCUGAGGCACGGGUGGCGGCUGCUGUGGGACAGGGCGUCCACCGCGCGGCGUGCGCACAGCAGGGUGUGUUGAUUGCGGAUGACGGCUCUUGGGAUAGGGGGGUUGCGGCGGGGGAGAGGGGGCGUGCCGCAACUCGCAUGGUGCGCGUGGUGUGUGCUUUGUGUUGCAGGAUGGCAGGUAGGUAUAGGUAUGGGGGCCACAGUGUGCAGCGAUCUGGGUCUAGCAAUCCUCGGAGAAACCUUGGAGCACCGGGGCAGGACAGAUGAAGCCGGGGCGCCAGGUGAGCGCUGUCACACCGCCCCCUGACAGGGGUGCGGGGUGGCCAACUCGCCCCAUGUGAUCGGCAACGGCCGGCAACCGCCCCCAAUUCCCAGUUGCGACCAGGCCCCGGCCCGAUUUCUUUGCAUAGACCUAUAAGGAGUACCCCAUAGAUGACCCUUGGCGCGUCGGGCGACUAUGAAACGGUGGCCGAAUACAUGCUUGUCGACGCAAAUUUGAGUCUCGGCUUGGAGGCAGGAAAAGUUGCGCGAUAGCAAUCUAUGGCCUUGUUAUGUAUUGGAGGUCUGAAGAAUCUUUGUUUCAGGUCUCCGGGUGCCUACUGCAGGCAGAGAGGGGCUUCCAUGCGCACGGCGAGGUGCAAUUCUGAGCCUAAGUUCGAA